AUGGGUUAUAGUGUCGAAAAAAGGUUGCAACCAACUUUAGAUUUUCUUAAAUCAUUAGGUCUUACAGAAACUCACCUUCAAAAUGUAGCAUUAAAUUUCCCAGAAGUUUUAUGCCGAGAUGCCAACAAGAUUCUGAGUCCUAAUGUUACAUACCUAAGGACGCAUGGGUUUGAAUCGAGACAGAUAGCAGCUUUGGUGGCUGGUUACCCUCUUGUCUUGAUUAAGAGUACAACUAAUUCUUUAGGACCGAGGAUUAAGUUUUUGGAACAAGUGAUGGGAAGACGAAUUGAUGAAGCUGCUGAAUAUCCCGACUUCUUUAAGCAUGGUUUGAAGAAAAGAUUAGAGUUGAGGCAAAGACUUUUGAAGCAAAAGAAUCUAACUUGUAGCUUGAGUGAAAUGCUGGACUGUAACCAGAAGAAAUUUCUUCUGAAGUUUGGUUUUGUUGAGCACCUUGCCUAA